GUCACAUUUAGAUGACAAUGAGGGACAUUGAGAUUCCCUUUCUCCGAGGAUUUCUCUCUGAGAAAGAGACCACGGGAUGGAAGCAGAAUAUUUUCAGCACUGCAGAGUAUGGUGCCUUGCUUGAGUCAGUGUUUGAGGGAAACUACGAAGGGGUUCUGUUGAGUCCUCAGGCCCUGGACCUGUUGGCGGGAGACCCUGUAGAGGGGGAGAGCAUUGAGAUGUACCUGGAAAGAUGUGUCCUUGCUUACCUAAGCAAUGCCACAGAAGAUAACAAAAUGGAGAGAGAAAUAGUUCUGUUGACUGUUGCAGUGGCGUGUCUUCACCUGUUUGUCCAGAGUAACUGGACUGGGCCCCCGGUGAGUCUCCACGUAGCAGACUUCCUGCCGGCGGUGGCACUCCAGCAGUACUCUGAGCCUCAGACCCUGUCCUCUGCCCUACUGUCCAGCCUGGUUAUGGAUGGAGAGUCUGUCUAUAGUUUGGUGUCAAACCCGUUUCUUCUGCUAUUGGCCAGAGUACUUUUGGUCAGCUGCUCAGCCAAACUAGACAGCUUACAGCUGCUGCCCUGGUGGACUCUGAGGUAUGUUGCUCUGCACCAGCAGAUUCUAGAGGAGCGAUCACCUCAGCUUUUCAGCGUGGCCCAGGGCUGCAUGGAGAAAGUGUUGAAGUGUGAAGCUUUGUUCUCCAGUGGAUCCCACAGACCUCUGGCUGUUCAGUUCCACCUGGAGAGUGGCUACGUGGCUCUGACCUACUAUGAGUAUCGCCUGGCUAAAGAGCACUUCCAGAAGGCUCGACAGCUGUCGGGGCUGGAUGUCAACAUGACAGGUGCACUGGGGAAGAGAACUCGUUAUCAGGAAAACUUUCUCGCACAGCUUAUCCUGGAUGUGAAGAGGAAGGAGGACUCAUCCAUCACUGAGUCAGAAAGUGACCUGACUCCAAGUCCUACUCCCAAAGAUCUCCUGCCAAAGGAUCAUGAGCUCGGUGAUGAUACAGUCCUAAACCAGAUUAACCUGGCAGAUCCAACAGAACACCAACUCCCAGACCUCACUGCAGAGGAGCAGGCUACCAUCCUGGGAAUCUGCACUGACUUUCAGAAGAACAACCCUGUCCAUAAAUUAACGGAAGAGGAGCUGCUGGCCUUCACAACAUGUUUGCUGUCUCAGCCCAAGUUCUGGGCAGUGGAGGUGACGUCUCUGUGUCUUCGGACCAAACUGGAGAAAGGGAGUUCCCGCAGGGUGGAGAGGGCCAUGAUGCAAACACAGACCCUGGCAGAUCACUUUGAGACGAAGACAUGUCCUGUGACAGAGCGACUGAAAGUGUUCUACUGUUGUCAGGCGCCACCACGGUGGGCCAUUCAGAGGCAGUUGGCCAGUCUCUUGACUGAUCUGGGCUGUACCAGUUCGGCAUUGCUGAUCUAUGAGAAGUUGGAGCUAUGGGAGGAUGCAGUCAUCUGCCUGGAGAGGAUGGGCCAACAUGGCAAGGCUGAGGAGAUUUUGCGGCGGGAGCUGGAGAAGAAGGAGACUCCGUCUCUGUACUGUUUGUUGGGGGAUGUGCUGAGAGAUCAUCAGUAUUAUGACAGAGCGUGGGAGCUCUCCAAACACCGCAGCGCUCGUGCCCAGCGCUCCAAAGCUCUGCUUCACCUACGCAGCAAAGAGUUCCAACAGUGUGUAGAGUGUUUCGAACGCUCCCUGCGCAUCAAUACCAUGCAGCUGGGUGUAUGGUUUUCUUUAGGCUGUGCAUAUUUUGCUCUGGAGAACUAUGAGGGUGCUGCCAAGGCCUUUCAGAGAUGUGUGGGACUGGAGCCAGACAAUGCUGAGGCCUGGAACAAUCUUUCCACUGCCUAUAUCAAACUAAAACAGAAGUCGAAGGCAUUCCGUACUCUGCAGGAAGCUCUGAAGUGUAACUAUGAGCACUGGCAGAUUUGGGAGAACUUCAUCGCUGUCUCUAUUGACGUGGGUGAAUUUGGCGAAGCUAUCAAAGCCUACCAUCGCCUCAUGGAUCUGCGGGAGAAACACAAGGAUGUGGAGGUUUUGGAGAUCCUGGUUCGGGCGGUAGUGGAGGAUUUAACGGAUCACCGUGGCGACCAGUCGUCCGGUCUGCGGGUGAAACUUCAGGAACUCUUCGGCAGAGUCUCCUCCCGCUGCAGCACCGACGCCCAAAUAUGGAGACUGUAUGCCCGUCUCUAUGGCAACGGUCAUAGCAACAACACUGAGGACAAUGAGAAGGCACUGCAGUUCCUUUGUAAAGCUCACCGUUGCGAGAUACAGGUGUCUGGUCGUUGGGAGAAAGACAUCAGCACUUUUAGAGAAGUUUUGAAGAGAGCUAUGGACAUGGCUAACGUGUCUAUAAGCUGUAGCAGACUGAAGACUAACCCACAGGAGGCUGUGCAGAUGCUCUCAUCGGCUCGCCUCAGUCUGAAGAGCUUGGCCACCAAAGCAAAGCAACUGUACACGGACGUUGCAACAGGAGAGCUCCAUGAGGAGUUGAGCGGUGAUGUCAGAGAAUUGGAACAGUUAAUCACAGAGUUACAAGACAUCAGUGCCCAACUCCGCAGCCAAUGAGGUGUGAAGUCCACUCUAAAGAAGGAGGAGCCCCACGUCUGUCCAGCCUAUGAUGUACUUAUUUUAAGUUUUAGUGAUGUAUUUUAAGGCGCAAAUAUGACAUUUAUGUACUUCAGUUGGAAGAAACAACGAUCUUUGGGAAUAGAUAGAGCAUAUUCAAAGAAGUUACUUUUUGUUCUGUUUCAAAAUUUGAAAUGAAAUUUAGAUGUGGCCUUAUAUUACCUGUUAACAGCUAAAUGAAUUAUUGUGAUAACAAUUCUGA